AUGUCCGAGCCGCAACAGACCCCAACGCCUGAGAAGACUCCCGGGAAAAAGUCAAGUCGACCUCCUGCGCCAGAGCGUAGCAUGUCCGAAGUUUCCACCACGUCCGGCGACGACCAAGGCUAUGAGUCACGGUCCAGAUCGCAGUCUCGACGGAGAAGAAGACAAAACCAGCGACAGAGAAAGGCGACCCAGGGCAGCGCUCAAGCUGGAAAUGCCUCGGCUCAAUCCAUGGCGUCCAUCGACGAGGGCGAAGAGAGUCAACAACAAGUAGCCAGGCAAGAGUCGGCGCCGCAACAGCAGCAAUUGCAGAGGCCCGAUCCGCGUGACAUAACGGAAGCACAGCCGUUCGAAAGAAUAAAGCCGCCCUCGCAAUCCAUGGAUGGCCCGGUGACGUACGCGCGCAUGCUGCGAGGCGAAGUCCCAUGGAGAGGCGCGCCGCCCACGCAGCCGCUUGAGACGGCACAGCCCAACGAUGCGAAAGACAGCAGUGGAAAGGACCCCAUGGAUCAAGAUGGAUUGAAACUACGGUUGGAGCUCAAUCUGGACAUUGAGAUUGAACUCAAGGCCAGCAUACACGGCGACCUGACUUUGGCGUUAUUGUAA